AUGCAGUAUCUUGACAUGAACAACCAGCACAUCCUGAGAAUCAAAAACCUGAAGAAGACUGACUCAGCAGAAUACACAUUCAGACUCCUAAAAGAUGAUGUAGUACGGAGGGCUGAUCCACCUGGAGUGACUUUGAUUGUCUCAGACUUGGAAGUUAAGUUGCAUCCUGCUGUGGUGACAGAGGGCCAGAGAGUCACACUGACCUGCAGUACCAGCUGUCCUCUGACUGACAACACAAACUACAUUUGGUACUUGAACAGUCGACCUCUGAUGGUGCCAGAGAGCCAAAACAAACACCUGGUUCUAGACCCAGUCAGGAUUCAACAUGCAGGAAACUAUGCAUGUGCUGUCAAAACCCACCAAAACAUCAACUCUGGUGAAAAGACUCUCACUGUCCAAAGUAUCACAGGAACAUCAACAGCAGCAGUUGGAGUGGUUACAGCAACAAUUCCUGCAACUGUUGAAGUUGUUACGGCAACAACUCCUGCAACUGUUGGAGUUGUUGCUGCUCUCCUGGUUAUAAUACCACUUACUGUCUUCUUCUGGAUUAGGUGA